CUCGUUUCCCUAGUAACGGUCUCUGGAGCCGAUGGCCACCUAGCGAUUUGUCGGACUGCGUCGGGUCGGGGCCUCCUGUUCCCAACUCAUAAGGCUUUACAGCCUCAUAGACCCGAUGUUUCAUGGAACAAUCACAGAAGAGCUAACCAGUCAUGAAGAAUGGAGUCACUAUAAUGAAAACAUAAUAGAAGACCAAAAAGAUUUUGUUUUUAUGAAGUUCAGUGGCCUUCAUUUAAAAUCUAUGGAAAAUUUGCAAUCUUGUGUAUCUCUUAGAGUAUGUAUCUUCUCAAACAAUUUCAUUACAGAUAUUCAUCCACUUCAAAGUUGUAUCAAAUUAAUCAAACUGGAUCUCCAUGGAAAUCAGGGAAUAACCUAUGAGGAUGAAAUUGAUAAUAUUAAAUAUAUUAUUUCAAAAAUUAAUGAAAUUCUGGCUCAUAAUUCACCAGUUUUGAUUGUUCAAAGAUGGAUACGUGGUUUCUUAGUUAGAAAAAAUUUGAGAAUCAAGCCUCCUUCUGAUAUUCAAAAUAUAUAUUCUCCUGUUGAUUUAAAAAAUUCUAAUGAGCACAGAAAACAUGUAUCCUCUAUUUUAUAUGAAUUAAAAACAAAAGAUAUUGGCAGGAAAUCCAAAAAAUCAAGACAUCUCAUUCAAAAAGGUCAGAAGGAGUCUGAAGAUGAAACUGAAGAUGAAGAAUUGGAUGCCAGUUUUAGGAUAUCAGUGUUCAAACUACCUAUAUAUACUUCAAGUCCAGUGAAGUAUGCUGCAGUACUGAAAGAGAAAAAACAAGAUUCUUUUCCUGUAUAUGCUCAGUCAUUUUCUACCACUCAUCCACAACCAAUAACUAAAAAAGACACACUGUUAGACAGGAGUAUGAAAAAAGAGUUUUUUGCAACACACAGAGCUGGUAUAAAACUCCAAAUGCUUAGUGAUGUUGAUAAAUAUUACACAGAGCAAAAGAAUCAGGAAUGCCAUAAAGAAAAAAUAACAGCUAUAGCCAUGGCACAAGUUGCCCAAAGAAGAGUUAGCCUAGCUGUUCAUGAAAAUUUGAAUAAUAAAAGAUAUGCGGCACAGAAACUAAUUGAAAAAGACAAUGAGGCAAUUCAGAAUGGUUUACAACAACUUAGGAAGGACAGAUUCAACUACCAUGAAAAAGUUAGAGAGAGAAGAGCUGCGUUUCUAAAAGAAAAAACCCAAAAAGCUACAGAGCGUUUAUUAGUUCAAGACUUAAAUAAUGAGCGCACUCUUUUGAUGAAAGGAACGCUUAAACUCGACAGAUGGAAGAAGAAUGAGGCUCUCCUAAAAGAGAAGAGGCUGAUUGUUCAACAAAAACGAAGAACAGAAAAAUAUCGGAAGAAUUUACUUAAACAAAUGAAGGAAUUCAGAGGGGCCAAGGCAGAAGAAAUCCUGGAGAAAGGUCUAAAGGUGCGAGAAUAUGAAUUAAGAAAAAAUAGCUUCUCGGAUACUGGAAACUUUGGAUUUGGGAUCCAGGAACACAUUGAUCUGGGUAUCAAAUAUGAUCCAAGCAUUGGUAUCUACGGCCUGGACUUCUAUGUGGUGCUUGGUAGGCCAGGUUUCAGCAUCGUAGACAAGAAGCGUAGGACAGGCUGCUUUGAGGCCAAACACAGUUUCAGCAAAGAGGAGGCCAUGCGCUGGUUGCAGCACAAGUGUGAUGGGAUCAUCCUUCCUGGCAAAUAA